AAUCGAUAGCGGCAAUUUCGCUAGAUUGUGCAGGAGAGUAUAGGGCUAAUAUCAAUUUGGCUCCUUUAUUUACUGAAUUUAAUGUAAGCGCAUAUUAUGGCUGCUGGACCAAUUGCAGAGAGGAACCAAGAUGCCACAAUAUACGUUGGUGGGCUUGACGACAAAGUGUCAGAAACAUUGCUCUGGGAACUUUUUGUGCAAGGCGGUCCUGUUGUGAACGUACACAUGCCAAAGGAUCGCGUGACACAAAUGCAUCAGGGAUAUGGAUUUGUUGAGUUCCUUAGCGAAGAUGAUGCCGACUACGCCAUCAAGAUAAUGAACAUGAUCAAACUUUAUGGAAAACCUAUAAGGGUUAAUAAAGCAUCUGCCCAUCAGAAGAACUUGGAUGUCGGAGCGAAUAUAUUUAUUGGCAAUCUUGACACGGAAGUCGAUGAAAAACUUCUCUACGAUACUUUUUCCGCGUUCGGUGUUAUAUUACAAACACCAAAAAUUAUGCGAGAUCCCGAAACUGGUAACUCAAAGGGCUUUGCGUUUAUAAAUUUUGCAAGUUUUGAAGCAUCCGAUGCUGCAAUGGACGCAAUGAAUGGACAGUAUCUCUGUAAUAGGCCAAUUUCUGUAUCGUAUGCAUUUAAGAGGGAUUCCAAAGGCGAGAGACAUGGAUCUGCAGCAGAAAGAUUGUUGGCUGCCCAAAACCCCUCAUCUCAUGCGGAUCGGCCUCAUCAACUCUUUGCUGAUGCUCCAGUGCCUAAUAUGAUUCCUGUAAUGAGUGGUCAAAUAAUUCCACCUCCUCUAAUGGCCCCACCUCCACCACCAUCUGGCUCAUCAUCAAUGUUGCCGCCUCCGCCACCUGUACCACCACCACAAGCAUCGUUUGUUCCCCCACCACCUUUGCCACCUAUUGGAAGCCAAGGUAUACCACCACCAGUAGGCAUUCCUCCACCACCAAGAAUGAUUCCUCCCGGGGCAUGGCCAACAGGAGCCCAAGCUCCCCCGCCAAACUGGAGGCCACCUGCAAAUUUUCCACCGGCGCCAUUUCCACCUGCACAGUUCAAUGGAGAUGCCUCUGUUAGUUACCAAUAUUAAAAAAUAAAACAAAUUCUUCGCUUUGAUUGCUGACAUUUUUUUAAAAAAGAAUAA